AUGGAGUUAGUGCAGUUUAAUCAGGGCCUGCUGACGCUGCAACAUGGAUUGGAUGAGGUCAAUAAAAUCGUGGCAGACAAAGAAUCACUUAAUGAAUAUUAUGGUGAGGGUCAUAAAAAAUCUUUUGCAGAAGCUACUGUGAAACUCAAAAUGCUCAUUUGCCUAAUAGCCAUACUACUGCUGGCUCUUCAGAACAGCUGUGGAUUCAGGAUCAGCCCCAGUGAUGCACCUGUCUCUUGUGGCAUUAGCCACCAAUUCAUGGUGUAUACAGUUCGAAGAACGUUCCUUCAAGCACACAACGAAAAAAGGGCUUUACUUGCUGAAGGAGGAGAAGCAUUGCCGCCAGCAGCAAAUAUGCGCUUCAUGACAUACAAUUGUAGUCUGGAAAAGGAAGCCAUUAAGUUGACCACAACAUGCAAGAAGUUUUCAAAUAGAACUCGAUUUACUAGAAGAAGAAAAAAUGUCGCCAACAUUGAGUACCGCACAGACAACGGUCCGAAUAAGGUAGCAAAUCAGGCUGUCUCGGAAUGGUGGAACCAGAAGCCACAAUGGGACAAACUUCAGAAUAUUACUGAGGCAGACUACACGGCGAUCCCAUUCUUUUUGAUGGCUCAGGCGGAUAUAGAUAAGGUCGGGUGUUCAGUGAACUCUUGCAAGGACAGUCACGGAUACGAGUCCUAUUUCACUAUUGCUUGCAUCUACGGAAAGUCACCAAGCAACUUUUGUUAUCAAUUUAAGGUUCUUCAGAACAGCGAUGGAUUCAAGAUCAAAAAUGGAGAUGCACGUAAAACUUGUGGGAGAGGCGACACAGUGCUAGGAUAUCAACUUCGGAAACUAUUCCUCCAAGCACACAACGAAAAAAGAGCUUCACUUGCCAAAGGAGAAGUCGAAAUCGGAGGUAAAAGACUGUCGGCCGCAGCAAACAUGCGCUUUAUGAAAUAUGAUUGCCAAUUGGAAGAGAAAGCCGUUAACUUGACUUUGACCCGAAGAAGAUUUGAAAACAGAACUAGAUUCACUGAAGUCAAAAGAAACUUCGCCAAGAUUGAAUCACACGACAGCGGUCCGAACAAGGUAGCGAGACAGAUGGCUCAGGCAGAAACAGAUAAAGUCGGGUGUGCAGUGCGCUACUAUAUGUAUGACAACAAGUUCUAUUAUGCUAUCGCUUGCUUCUAUGGAAAGGAAGUUAAAGCUGGCAGCGAGCUUUACCAACAAAGCACUACCGCAUGCACCAAUUGCACCCAAGGUUACGAGUGCGACCAGAAAGCACUUUGCAAGAAACAAUCAAAUAAUUGA